AUGGCGGUCAAAAGGGUCCGCUCUGAGCUCCAAGUAAAAGUCAACGGCUCUCUCUCCGCUGCUGACUCCGACCAACUCUUCCUCGACCGCCAAAAAGCACCGGAGGCGGCCAUGAAUGAUAUCAAUAGCUCAUUCGGCAAGGGAAGUGUGACAAGACUAGGAAGCGCUGGUGGAGCUUUGGUAAACGUUCCCCAGUGGUUGCUUGACAUUGGACCUUGCUUUAGGUGGUGGCCUCCCAAAAGGGAGAAUUGUGGGAGAAUUGUAGAGAUAUUUGGACCAGAAAGUAGUGGAAAGACAACUCUAGCACUCCAUGCAAUCUCAGAUGUGCAGAGGCUUGGAGGAAAUGCUAUGCUUGUUGAUGCAGAACAUGGCUUUGAUCCAGCAUAUUCAAAAGCAUUGGGAGUAGAUGUAGAAAAUCUGAUUGUCUGCCAGCCUGAUCAUGGUGAAAUGGCACUUGAGAUUGCAGAUCGUAUGUGCAGAUCUGGUGCCAUUGAUCUUAUCUGUGUCGAUUCUGUCUCAGCUCUCACUCCACGAGCAGAAAUUGAGGGUGAGAUUGGGAUGCAACAAAUGGGUUUGCAAGCACGCCUUAUGAGCCAAGCUUUGCGCAAAAUGUCAGGAAAUGCAUCUAAAGCUGGAUGUACUCUCAUAUUCUUGAAUCAAAUAAGAUAUAAGAUUGGUGUGUAUUAUGGGAAUCCAGAAGUGACAUCUGGAGGAAUUGCAUUAAAGUUCUUUGCCUCAGUUCGCCUGGAAAUACGUUCUACAGGGAAAAUAAAAUCUGUAAAAGGAGACGAGGAAAUUGGGGUUCGGGUCCGUGUACGAGUGCAAAAGAGUAAGGUUUCGAGGCCAUACAAACCAGCUGAAUUUGAAAUUGUGUUUGGAGAGGGACUGAGGGAGCAAUUAAAUUGGGUUGCAUUUUGGAUUGUGCUGAAAUGAUGGAUGUAGUAGUGAAGAAGGGCUCUUGGUAUAGCUAUGGGGACCACAGGUUGGGACAAGUAAAUCAUUGCAGUACUUGAGAGAGAACCCUGUUCUUCUCGAUGAGAUAGAGAAGAAGCUUUAUCCUAGAGAUGAGUAGGUGAGGCGUAGAGAAUCAUAGUGGUGGUACUGAAAAGCCAUUAUCUUUCUGAGUGAGGGAGGUCAUGGCUAAUACAAUCAAGGGAAUUUGUUAAAGGUUGACAAAUGAUAGAUGUCCCAAACGAAGUUGCUGAAGAGCAACUUGUUAAAAGAAGAAAGGAAUUUAGUAGUCCUUUUAGUAUCCUGUCAUUGAGAGUAAUUUGUGACUCAUGCAAAUGGCUGGAUUCCAAUAUUGUUUAAAUAAAGAAGAAACAGAUUUAUCGAUUAAAAGAAUGAUGCAAUCAAAGAAAAUGGGACAAGGUGUCAACAAUAGAGAAAAACAGCAGAAAAUCAAAAAGUUACCGAAAUACAUGGAAAGCUAGGGCACAAGGAAUUAAUCUGUUUCUAUCUGUUGCCAUUUUAUGGUGGGAAAUUGAGAAAGGGCAAGGUUCUGGGAAUCCAGGUUGGUCGCGAGAUAGCUUUUUGGCACUCAUAUCCUUGUUUAUAUAGAUUAUAACUGUAUUGUAACUAUACCAUUGCUUGGUUCUGUAUGGAUGGUUCUAUUACUUUUAGUUGGAUAUUUUGGUUUUGAAAGGGAUUUAAAUGACUUGGAACUUAGAUCUCAUAUAGAUCAAAUAGGAGGAGGAUGUUGGCUUUGGGUGAAUUUUCUUGCAAGUCUUUCUCUAAGGUGUUGAUGGGUUAUUGCACUGGGAAGGUAAAUAUACUUGUCAUUUGGUUUGAAGGAGAAGAUCUUAUGCUCAGUGGUGUAUAAUGUGCAAAGAAAAGGCUGAGAGUGCAAAUCAUUGUUUUUCUACUGUCCGAUAGCAUUUGCUUUUUUGAAAAAGAAAAAAAAAAGGGGUGUUUAGGGAAUGUAAUUUGAGCUGUUGCACCCAAUUUUUUGACGUAGUGCGAAAGGUACAAUUGUUUUGGAUCAUUUGAGCAUCUUUAUGGGCUUCAAUUUCUUUGGUCAUUGGGAAUAACUCAUUUGCUAUUCUGCUGUUCUUCUGCUUAUUGUUUCUUCUUUCUUUGGUGUUCAUGCUUUUCUCUUUCUUGGAUUUCUUCUCAUAGAUGUCAUGUCCACUUGUAUAUUUCUUUUUAAUCAAUAAAAUUCUAUUUCUUACCAAAGAAGGUCUAGCCAACAAUCUGUAAAAUAGUUCUCUGGAGUGCAUUCUUUGUUGGAGAGAAAUAGUAGAUUCUUGGUGAAUGUAGAACAUUCAAAUAGCUAGUUCAGUGGACAAAAGACCUCCAAUGUUUUACUAAUUAGAUUUAACUACAGCUCAGAACUAUUGUAUAUCAGCGCAUAGUAUACCAAUGAUCUGUUAGAAUUUUCAGUUAACUUUGUCGCUUAACAAAGAAAUGCUGAAAGGGAAAAGGGAGAAAGAAAGGUGGAAGGCUGAGAUGAUUGCUGAUGAAGGCAAGGAUUAGGAACCCUUCGCUUAGCAAAGAAAUGCUGAAAGGGAAAAUGGAGAAAGAAAGGGGGAAGGCUGAGAUGAUUGCUGGUGAAGGCCAAGGGAUUGGGAACCCUUGGACAGUUCAAGGACUUAAAGGGUUGGUUCCCCUCAACUUUCCCAGUGUUAUUUUUCUUAGCGAGACUCACUGCAGGGUUACAGAGAUGACUUGUAUCCGACAUCAACUUGGGUGGUCGAGUGUUUUUUCUGUUCCUUGUAUUUUUAAGAAAAAGAAGAAUGGUAAAGGGGUUAGUAGAAGUGGUGGACUGAGCUUGCUUUGGACCGAGGAGGUUGAGCUGUUGUUGAGAACUUUUUUGGAUAAUCAUAAUUAUGUGUUGAUUGGAAAGGCGGAUGAUCCUAAUAGGUGGAGGUUUACCGGGGUUUAUGGUUAUCCUAAAGUUGAAGAUCGUCACUCAGGUCAGAGUUGCACGGUUUGGUGGUGAGUCCAUUUAUAUAGCGCCUGAGGUACUUGCUGGGGUCUAAUGUUUGGAGUGCAGGGGUAAUUCUUUACAUUCUUCUUAGAGGAAUACCACCAUUCUGGGGGAAGACAAAGUCAAGCAUAUUUGAUGCUGUUAGGACUCUUGAGGUUCCCAUCUGAUCCCUGGGAUGGCAUCACUAAAAGGCUCACUGCUCACCAAGGUUUAGGUAGCUUAAGGAAUGAUUGCAGUAACAGAGUUUGUUCAAAUGCUGAUCUCAGAUGCUAAAAGCCUGUAGCUGUUAAACACAGUUGAAUUGAUACUCACUGUUGUCCUUA